AUGGGUAAUGUUGGGGGCUAUGAAAGUCACCAUCGACACAGAGCUAAGGUUACAGAGCCAACGAAACCAAUAGCACCUACAAAGACAGCUAUAAAGAUCAGCAACCAUCACUAUGAGAUCGAGUUAUCCAAGAUACCUUACUUGGCAGCUUAUGCCCGCUUUGAAGCCAACACUAAAGCCAACACUAAUCCAGGAUCUCUACUCGUCCAUGGCCCAAUUGCCCUCUUCGAAGUAGCUCUCAUAGGAAUAAGAUUAGGGUACGGCAACUGCUUUGACUUCCUUCCCGCCGAACUUCCACAUUACCACACCCUCUGUGACACAUACGACUUUCUACAAGUCGACGGUCUCACUAAGCAAUCUUUCGAGCAGAUAAAAAGAGAUAUGAAACUUGAUAUGUUCAAGGCUCGCGAUGCCGCUUUCAGAUUAGUGUACCUAAUAUUAAUAGGCGAAUUUAAGGACGAUGAACUGGAUAGCAACAAGGCCUAUAAUGUCGUUCUGUACGUUUUAGGCCACCAUGAAAUUUUCACGCCGCAAAUCAGGAGGGUGGUUCGAGCGGCAUAUUAG